AUGACAACACCUCAGCAGCACGCCUGGAAUCUGGCUUCAAACAGAAGCUCUCCUGCGCCAGGCGCUUCUCAAUCCCAUCGACAGUUCACCUGGUCCGCAGGUGACGAAGACGACCCAUCGUCAUCCGACACGCCCAACCGUGCCAAACGAGCACAAGUCAAAAACGCCUGUGUCAACUGCCAACGCGCAUGCAAAAAAUGCGACUCUGGCCGCCCGUGUCUCCGCUGCGUAAAAUAUAAUCUCCAAGAGUCCUGCGUUGAUUCGAAGAGAAAGCCGCGUAAAAAGGGGAUUAAGCGUGGCCCUUAUAAAAAACGCAAGAAGAACGUUGACGACGAUGCAGCAGUGGCAGCAGCAGCAACCGGCAUAGUAUUAAGGCCAGCAGCUACAGCUACAGCAGCAGCAGCAGGAUCAGCAGGAUCAGCAGGAGCAUCGUCAAUGAUAGCUUUUCAAUACCAGUCUGCGCCAGAAACAGCCGCGGUGCCAAGCGAAUACCGACAAUCAGAAUACGGGCCGAUAUCAGGACCAAGCACGCUGCGGCAGAUCCUUGGUGCCUCUGAUAACUCUAAUCGGCGAUCAAUAUUCUCCACACGCCCCCGCCCACCGCAGAUCUUAGGCCCGGGAGCCAUUCCGAUUCUUCUCAGCGACCCUAUCCAAGACGACAAUGGGUCUGGCGAUUUGUCCAGCGGGUCCGACACUCCAUUGGUGCAGAAUCAACAGCAGCAAAGUUAUUUCUACCAGUACCAUAACCAGCACCGGACCACCCUGCGUUCGCCAUUAACUAUACCUUCGGCAGGUGCACGCCCGUCGUCUGUGGAUAUUCUGCCUGAAACACCGACAAUGGGAUUGACCUCGGCAUUUGACUCGCUAGCGACCACCCAGCAGCCAUACAGAACAAGCAAUACGCGUUACCAACAGCACCAACCACAUCAAGCACACCAGGCACAUCAAGCACACCAAGUGCAGCAGCCACCGCAGCCGUCAAUGAUGCGACCGUACUCCCAUAACAGCGGUGGCACUUUCAGACUACCGCCCAUUGCAUCGUUUGACCGCGCUCACCCUGUGCGCUCCCCGCCAUCCUCCAACUCUCUAGCCAUCUUAACCGAUGUCGCCCUGGGCCGCUCAACCAUGCGGCCGCCACCACCAUCAAACAUUGCGUCUCAACUUUCCCACUUAUCGACCACUUCGCCGCCGCCGCACCACAGAAACAAUUCCUCCAUGUCGUCGCACUCGCACUCACACCCGCAUUUGCGAUCCCAACAACCACCUCCACCACGCCCACACUCCGAUAACCCCGUCUACUACCACACCCCACACCCGCGACAUCCACCAAUUCCCAUGCCAAUGCCAAUGCCAAUGCCGCCACAGCAACACCAAGACCAACAGAUGCAGCAUCCGGAUACUCUUGAACAACAGUCGCAAAUUAGUCAACCUAAAAACACUCACUCCAGACAUACGACAAAACAUGGCGAGUCUGAUUUAUCAACGAGCUAUGCUUCAUCGUUAGAUGGUGGUCGUGUUUCCCCUCAGGAUAUGCAGGACUCGGUGAUGGAAUCCAAUAUCCAAAGGCUUUCUCGACAAAUGAAUGAUACACAUUUGGACCAGGAAUCAUUAUCUGAACACUAA